ACAAGAUGGCGGCGCCCGCCGAGUCGGUUUCCCCUCAGCCUGGGCGGUGCGCCUAUUUCGUGGAACGGAAGCGGCGCUUCUGCAAGAUGGUCCCGGCCCAGGGCAGGCGCUUCUGUGGGGAGCACGGCGCUCACGCCGAGGAUGAAAAUAGCAGAAAAAGGAUUCCUUGCCCUUUGGAUCCAAAACACACUGUAUAUGAAGAUCAGCUACAAAAACACUUGAAAAAGUGUAAUUCAAGAGAGAAGCCAAAGCCUGUCUACUUUGUUCAAGAUAUUAAUGCAGGAGUGAAAGACGCAACAGAGUUGCCUGAAGAACAGCAGGUACCAAUUUCUACACUUUCAAAAGAAAAGUUAGAGGACUUAAUUAGGAAGCUAAGAAGAGCAAGUAACAGUGUAAAUUAUGUACUUAAGGACCAAACCCUCUCUCAUCAGGCCUUACAAGAGGCUCUAAAAGACCCCCAAAAUGGAGAUGCAGCUUUUAAGCAUUUGAAACAACAGGCUUCUAUAUUAGGUAACAUGGAAAGACUGCAUUUGCUUGGAUCAGGGAACUGUUACGUUGAAUUUGGAGCUGGGCGAGGGAAGCUGUCCCACUGGGUGGAUAUAGCCUUACAAGAUGCUCAGGAUGUUCAUUUUCUUCUUGUUGAAAGAGCAGCUACCAGGUUCAAGGUAGAUGGCAAGCACAGAAAAAAUGGCUUUGAAAGGCUUCAAGUUGAUAUCCAGCAUUUAUGUUUAAAUAAGGUACCUGUUCUCGGGAAGGAGAAGCUACCUGUGAUAGGCAUUGGAAAGCAUGUAUGUGGUGCUGCAACAGAUCUUGCUUUGAGAUGCUUAAUUGAAACAUAUGCAAAAACUUGUGACAAAAAGGAAAGUCCUGCACCUAAACGCUUCAAGAUUGAUGAAGGAAACAUAACUUCUAAUAAUUCUGAUGAAACACUUAACAGCUUUAUAAAUGACCACUGGAGCCCUGUGGCUGGAAUUGUUAUUGCACUAUGUUGCCAUCACAGGUGUGAGUGGCAGCAUUACGUAGGCCAAGAAUUCUUUGCAACAGUAGGACUUGGGGCAAUGGAAUUCAAUUAUUUUAAAAGAAUGACAAGCUGGGCUACUUGUGGCAUGAGAGAAUCUGCAACAAAAGUCUAUGAAACUGACACACAGAAUGAAGAACAAAGUAAUGAGAAAGAAGAACAUGACCAAGAUGACAGAAGUGUUGAGUGCAAUUUGGAUAGCCUCCAAGGGCUACUAAACACUGAAGAACGAAAACAGAUAGGUCACCUUUGCAAACUGUUGAUUGAUUAUGGUCGGAUUCAAUAUUUACAGCAGAGAGGGUAUGAAGCGGUGUUGCAGCACUAUACAGAUUGCAGUGUGUCCUUAGAAAAUGUACUCUUGACAGCUGUGCCAUAUAAGUCUUCAUUAGCCCCCUCAACUGCUUAAAAGCAAGAGGAUUUCAGAAUGGUUAAACACACAGUUUGUAGGAACUUCCUUAAUUUCUAUCCAGUAUUGUUCUUACCAAACUGAUACUGGUUUUUAUAAUCUACUGUGGAACCAGAAGAAGGAAGCACCAAUUUACUCCUUUGCAUUAAGAGAAUACCUCAACAUCUUUGCUACAGUGAAUAUGAAUGCUCUUCAGUGUUUUUGUGCUUGGAAGAACUAUAAUAGUUACCUUCCAGUAACAGUGAAAACCCAGAUUGGCAUGGAUUUAUUUUUUUCAUUUGUCAGCCGAGGCAUCAGCUAGGAUAUCACUUUCCAUGUUUUCUGAAAGAGAAGAAGCUUAAUGGAACAAAUCCACAUGCCAAGAAACUUAAAUUUAUAUUUUAAAAAAUGUAAUGAGAAGAGAUUUAUAAUUCUCUAUAACCUUUUUGUAAGAGUUUUUAAAACAUGUUUUUAAAUUGCCUUUGAACUGUGCAUUCGCAUAAGAUUAAAGUACUUAAUUGAA